UUAUAUUGCAAUUUAUGUGUUUUUGAUUGAAAUUUAUGGUGUUUUUAGAUAAAAAUCAAAAUAAAUUCUCACAAUUUCUUUUAAGCUUAAUAAUCAGAGUUUGGAUAAAUGUCCAACAAAAACCAUAAAUGCGCACUUUUGAUAAAACUUAAAGGAUAAAAACUGCUCAGAUAAUACUUUGACGCCACUCUUAAAGCACAAGGACCAUUUUGUUCAUUUUCUCUAUAUUUUGUGGUCUUCAACCUGAGAGGUGCAGUUGAAUUUAAAAAAAAAAAAAAAACUGAGAGAGACUAGCAUAACAAUGAAUAAAAAGGGGGAUGAUGAGACCAUUGAGUCUUAUGUGAAAAGAUUGAAGUCCAUAGCAGAUUCUCGAGCAGCAAUGGGCAUUCCAAUAUCAGAUUGGAACAUGGUGUUGAAACUUCUUGCUGGUUUGCCUAGUGAAUACGAGCCCGUCAAGAAAUUAAUAUCAAGAACGUGCCCUCUCCUCACUUUUGAAGAUGCUUGUUCCAUGGUAUCCAUGCAGGAACGCAAAUUUUUGCAGGAUCAUCAGGAGGAGCAAAAUACAACUGAUCCUCGUGUUGUGGGUGAAGAGGAGUCUUCUGGUUUUACUACCCUAGAGAAAGUGGGUACUGUAGUAGGUGUAGUGAGUCUUACAGCUGCUGCAGUGGGUACAUUACCUACUGUAGCUGGUGCAGUUGGUGCAGUGGGUGCAUCGAGGAUGAUUGUAGGUGGUGCAGUGGGUGCAGUGGCUAGCUGGAAAGUUUGGCAGUCAGCCAAAAAAUUACUGAUAUGAAUAGAGCUACUCUUAUUGUUUGUAUUUGUUGUUUAAUUAAGUAACAAUUGGAUCUAACUGAUCUUCAUCUUCAAAACCUUGAAUUGGUACUCCUAUUUAAAGUUCGUCUUUGAGAUGUAUGAUAUGCAACAAGAUGUGAAGUUGAAGUUGUAUGGAGGAAUGUUUUUUUUCGUUUUC